GUAGUGAGAACACGUCAAAGUAAGGGUGGGGUCAUCUAAGAUAGGACAAGGGUUAAAGCACCCUCUGACGGGUUCUACAGGUUUUAAGGAAUGAAACAUAGGUUGAACACCUGCAGAGUGGUGAUUGUUGGGGCAUUAGAAGUACAGAUUCAUCCUCUUGGUUUUGAACAGCCUGUUAAAAACUACACAUGUCCUGUUUUUUGUGUUUCCACAGGUGAGAAGUAUUGCUGCUACAAAAUGAGUCGACUCUGAUCCAACAAGGUGUCCUCUUCUGUUAUUGGGCUGUCAGAUCGCAUGAUGAGCUCCACGUUCUCUCAUUCGCUCCUCAAUCGCUUUGGUGUGCCUUCCUCUGCGGGAUUCUGUGAGGACCCCAGCAUCUCCCAGAACUCAGACUCUCUGUCCAGCUCCGUCCCCUUUCUUUUUUACCCUCCUGCCAUGGACGCCGCUAGCCUGAGCCUCUACAAAGCCCCUCUGAGGAAUUCAGGUGGCACCGGGCUCCUUCCAUACCUGAACCCGUUCCACCACCACGGACACUUUAGCGUCUAUGAGUGUCCCUUUGAACCCGCAUUCAUCCAGAAGAGGAACGAGCGUGAGCGUCAGAGGGUGAAGUGUGUGAACCAGGGUUACGCCAAGCUGCGAGACCACCUGCCGGGUCAGAGUGCCAACAAGCGACUCAGCAAGGUGGAGACGCUGCGGGCCGCCAUCAGGUACAUCAAAUACCUGCAAGGCCUGGUGGAGCUGGAGGACGGCAGGCAGAGUGGGACGGAGUCACCCCAAAGUUCCACACCCGGUCCAGACUGUGGUGCAGAAUCUGAGAUGUUCGAGCGACAAACCAGCAAUAAAGUUUAAACUCAAAUCAGAGCUCAAACAAACACUUACUGAUCAGGUGGUUGGGGCGGUGGGAGAAAGGUGAACUGGAUCCAUCCAAGACAAAAGGAUGUCUGUGUUGGACAGCUAGAUGUGGGAAUGUAGAGAGAUGCGCCAUGUGAGUCGGAUUGUCUACUGACAGUCGUCUGAUCUUUGGCCUUUGGGUCAAUUAUAAAUCCUCCCAAAGACUUUAGGGUCUUCCAGCUACUGUUGGUUCUCUGUCUGUCAAACGAUACAUUAGUAAUGUGUUGGAUAACAACACAAAGCCAUUUUUCACAUCAACAGAAUUAGCUGAUUUAUGUUCAUUGCGUAAGCACUUUCCUUCUGUAAAAGUUGCAUGUCAACACAAAGUUGCUUUUCUCUGUCAUUCAUCGGAAUCAUGUUAAUUGCCUAAACAACUGCUCCAGUGUAAAAAAAAGUUCAAGUGUUAAAGGGUUAAAUGAGUCAUAAGUACCUUUUUAAUUUGUGAUCAUUCAAAUUUUCAAUGAGCCUUAACAGAGAUGACCUCCUCCUGUGCUUAACCCUUGUGCUAUCUUAGAUGACCUCACCCUUGCAUUGACGUGUUAUUCCUAUCAUGACAAAGGUGGAUAAAGG